AUUGAAAAGCUCACUUUAACCCCCUUACCUAUAAUUAAAGGGCAUGACCAGCUUGGGCACAUCCUAAGCUCAGUUGAUUUACGACUACUGGAGUCCAAGAUGUUUCAACUGAUCUCCUUAACGUGCCUAUGGCUUGCGGCCGGCAUAUCAGCAGAAUGCAGUCGCGCACUCCUCAAGGACGCGACCGAGCAAUAUGUGUCAGCACAGAGCAGUGGCCAAAUCGACAUCUUCACUGCAUUAGCGAGUAACUUGACGUACACAGAGAACGAGCAACCCUUAGAUAUCAAGACCGGAGUGCUGUCACAGCCCAUAAAGCUCGACCAGAACCUCAGCAUCCACGACACUACGCUCUGCGCCACAUUCACUCAACUAAUCGCCGCUAGCGCGGAACACCCGUACGUCAUAGGCACGAGGAUGCUCCUUACCGACGACAAGAUCACCACGAUUGAGUCGAUUGUCACCGACGACGGAGACUGGCUGUUCAACGCGACGGGGUACUUGCACUGGACCUCGCUCGAGAACUGGGAUCCGAUCCCUGAGGACAAGCGCGAUAGUCGAGAGGUCAUACAAGCCGCGGGGGACGCAUACUUCAACCGAUUCCAAAGCCCCAACGUCAGCGUCCCGUUCGGCUCGCCAUGCGCCCGUCUCGAGGGCGGGGCGUACACAGAUAGUAGCGGCGCCGGGGGAAAUACUUGCAACCUCGGCCUACCCUCGAAUCUCACGGUUAGCAACCGCCGGUACGUCGUUGAUGAGGAGAUGGGAGUGGUAGAUAUCUACCUGGGAUUCCCGGGGCUCGAUCGGACGGUCGUCGAGCAGGCGAUGCCCGACAGUCACGCGUUCAGGGUUGAAGAAGGGAAGAUAAGAUACAUCCAUACCCUUUCAUCGUGUGUGAAUGCUGGGUGCGGAUCUAAUUUCACUAUCAUUCCAACUCAUAAUCGACGAGUUCGUCGCUUGAGCAGAGUAUAUUAGCCCUACAGGUCACGACGUUGUUAGCAGUGUGACUCAGAGGGUGGAUUAUGGUUUACUAAUGCUAAAUACAUAUAAAUUCACAUGGGACCUACGAAAACGACUAGGCGGAUGUUUAUAAAAAAAGAAAGAUGGAAAUGUUUCUGUAUACUUCCAUAAUACUAUCAACCCCUUUAAUUUUCAGGGGUAUGGUGGUUACGUAAUCGACCAACAUUUGAAUAGGUACCCCUAACCCGUAGGUGGUACCUCAUCUCUCCUUAUCUCUUCUUUAGCUUUGAUGGCCUAACUAUGCUCCUAGUCUGAGGGUCUAUAUCCGGUGGUAGCAAGAUAUCUAAUAAAUCAUAAAUCCAAUUUUCAAACG